UGAUGCGCAUAGUUGCAUCGAAGAGAAAAGAGAAGGAGCGAGAACAAAAAAUUAUCUGCGAGAGGGAAACGGAAAUUGAAAGGAAAAUUUUGCAAUUCGACGUGAUGAAAUCCUUUGUCUGAACAAAUUUCGUUUUCGUUUUCGUCUUCGAUUCGAAACUGUUUCGACAGGAGAAAGUCGCGAUUGCAGCAGCCCUAGGAGAAAUUUUAAUUUUCGUGCCCUAAUUUCUUGCGUUUGCGUUUUCAAACGUCCAAUCUCAGUGUUUUCAGGAUAUCCUGUAGUAAAUGCCGAGGUUGAUCCCAUGGAAGGAGGAGGACUUAGCGACACUGGAGCAGCAGCCAUUCAGAAGGCUCAAGCGGACCUAAGGCUGGAGUACCAUGUCCGCGAGGAAAGGAGGAGAGAACUGGUGUUUCUGGAGAAUGGUGGCAAUCCUUUGGAUUUCAAGUUUGGUUAUGCUACUUCUCAAAGCGUCCAAUCUACUUCGCUCACAGAUAAGCAAGCAGUAAAGAGGGGAGUCAAGGAUAGCCUUCUCCGGACUGCAUCACCACCUGGUGAUUCCGUGGAGAGUAGCGGUAGACCUGGAGUUUCUGAACCCAAUACAGCUGAUAAUCUCUUGCUCUUUGAUUCUGAUAAUAAGUCACUUGAAGGAGACAAAAAUUCACAAUAUCCUAAUAAGAGGAGCAGAACUUCUGAAUCGCAACGGUCUUCCAAAGUUAAUCAUUCCCGGGAUAAAAAGGAAACUGAAGAUUCUGCCAUUUUUCGCCCAUAUGCUCGUCGAAACCGAUCUAAGAUAAAUCGUGAUCCAGCACGGGCAAGCUCUACUGAGUUACUUCAGAGUCGUGGUGGUCUUGCAACGUCUCUCUCACUUCGCAAAGAGUCUUUGGAUGUAAAGGGUUCUGAUUCCGAACCAGGCAAUCAUAAGACUAGGCAAGUAACUUGUCCAACCUCUGCUACUUCCAAUGGUAAUACCCUUUUAAAGGAUGUAGUCCCAGGAAACUUGUUUAAAACAGAAGAUGAUGAAAUGGUUGUACGAGAAAGCACUGCUGCCACAGAAAACAGUCCAGUUGAAGAGAAGGUAAAUAUCGCUUAUGGAGAGACUGGUCUUACUGGAGUGAAAGCACAUGCUGUCUCUUCUAGUACAGUAAUGGAUUCUCUCAGUGCUGUGAUGACUGGUUGCCAGGAAACUAACUCUAGCCAGUUGAAUGGCCUUAAGGAUCCCAGAGGAGAAAAAGAAUGCUCAAAAGAUAGCGCAGCUGUAGAGGCAAAACGGUUAGAUCGAGAGUCCUCUCAUGCUAACGACGUUGAAGUAGAUGUACAUACUAAAGUAGAUCUCCGUAGAGUGGACAAAUCUGACUCCAACAGUAUGCCUAUGCAGAAUGCUUCAAGAGUAGACGAGAUACUGGAUCCCACAGUUUGCGAAAUGGUGAAUACAAAAAGAGACGAGGCUGGUGAAUCUACCAUCAUUAUUAGUGAGCAAAAGUCUGGGUAUCGAAGCCAAUUAAAAUCGCUCAAAGUUGAAAAUCAAGAUCAUACAAGUACAGUGGAGCCGCAUAAUGAAAGUAAAUGGUCUGAAACUAAGAGCAAACAACAAGAUGAUUUGGACAUUCCGCAAAAUGAUAUUAAAGUUACUAGUGGGUUAGCUGACGCUUCCGACAGCUCUUUGUGGCCUAUAACGUCUCAGGCAGCUAUAGAAACCAAUCCUUGCAGAGUUAGGAAAAACAUAUUGCCGGACCCUGGCAGUACAGCACUAGAAGAACAGCAUAGCUUAGACGAUAGCUCAAGAAAGGCGAAUACUUUGAUGGAGGACUCUAUCCUUGAGGAGGCACGAAAUAUAAAGGAAAAAAGACAGAGGAUUGUUGAAUUAUCUUUGGGCACCUUACCAGUGGAGGUUCGUACGAGAUCUCAAUGGGACUUUGUCCUUGAAGAAAUGACAUGGCUGGCAAAUGAUUUUGCGCAGGAGCGUCUUUGGAAGAUGACUGCUGCCAUGCAGAUUUGCCAUCGAGCUACUUUUACCUCUCAGCUGAAAUUUGAGGAUCGAAUUCAGCACAGAAAUCUGAAAAGCUUAGCUUCAACCUUGGCUAAUGAUGUCUUGCAGUUCUGGAAUUCUGUGGAGGUCCUUAGGGAGCAAGAGGAGACAAGCUUGGGAACUAAUACGGAGACAGUGAAGGAAUUGAAGUCUGAUAGUGGCGACAAACGUUCAGCUUCUGGUGUCAGAGAAUAUGCACGCAGAUUUUUGAAGUUUAUGAAGUCGUCUACCCCCCAUCUGCAAGCAGCAGCACCGUCGACACCUGAGCAUAUGUGUGACCCUGGCAUAGCGGAGACAUCUUGGGAUGAUCAGCUUACAGAAGAAAGCUUAUUUUAUUCAGUUCCAUCUGGUGCAAUGGAGGCCUAUCGAGGGUCCAUUGAAUCUCAUCUUGUCUUGUGUGAGAAAUCCGGAAGUAGCAUACAGGAGGAGGUUGAGACAUCAGCGUAUGAUCCGGCAGAAGAUACAGGAUACAAUGGUUAUGAUGAGGAUGACGAAGAAACGAGUAGCUAUUAUAUGCCUGGAGCUCUUAGAUAUAGGAAAUCAAAUAAUUUAACCCACAAGAAAAGAAAGAACUCGAUGAAGUAUCAUUCUGCCCGGUCAUAUGACCAUGGGGCUGAUUUGCCACACGGUAGCUAUACUGGUCGCUCCAACCCAUUGAUGGACAAAAGGCCUGCCAGUAAUCUUAAUGUUGGUUCAGUUUUAAUGAAGCGAAAUCGCACUGCCUCCAGGCAUAGGAUUGUGAGUGGGGACACUAGUGGAGACACUAGUUCUUUUCAGGAUGAGCAAAGUAGUUUGAAUGGUGGAUCUGCCGUUCAAAAAGGCACAGAAGUUGAAUCUAGUCGUAAUUUUGAGAAGCAGUUACCUUAUGACAUGGCUGAAACAUCAGACAAACCUAAGAAUAAGGGCUCUGCAUAUGAGCAAUCCUGGCAUCGUGAUUCAAUGGUCCAUGGUGAACAGGAGCACCGGAAGAAGAGACCGCAGAAUGAAUUCAAUAUGAAUGGUCUGUAUGGUCCACAUAAGAAGCAAAAGACUGCCAAACAAUCACUGCAGAAUAAUUUUCGUAGUACUAUUCCUUCUCCGGCAGCUUCUCAGAUGAGCAAUAUGUCCAACCCCAACAAAUUUCUUAAGUUCAUUGGGGGCCGGGACAGGGGCAAAAAAUUAAAAGGCUUAAAGAUUUCUUCUGGUCAACAUGGAUCUGAAAAUCCAUGGACACUGUUUGAGGACCAGGCGCUUGUUGUCCUGGUGCAUGACAUGGGCCCUAACUGGGAGCUCAUUACUGAUGCUUUGAAAAGCACUCUUAAAAUUAAGCGUAUAUAUCGUCAUCCAAGUGAUUGCAAGGAGCGGCAUAGGAUUCUACUGGACAAAACUGGUGGUGAUGGGGCUGAUAGUGCUGAAGACUCAGGAAAUUCUCAGGCUUAUCCAUCCACUUUACCUGGCAUCCCAAAGGGAAGUGCGAGACAGUUGUUUCAACGCUUGCAAGGGCCGGUGGAAGAAGAUACACUGAAGUCCCAUUUUGAGACGAUUUGUUCGAUUGGGAAGAAAUUUCAUCAAAGAUUCAUACAGAAUGAUUGUCGGGAUCCUAAGCAGAUAGUACCAGUUCACAAUUCUCAAGUUAUGGCUCUUUCUCAUGUAUUUCCAAAUAAUCUGAAUGGAAGUGUUCUCACGCCCCUUGAUCUCUGUGAUACAUCAACGUCAGGUGAAGAUGUAUUUUCACUUGAAAAUUCAGGUCUUUCAAUGCUGCCGGUGUUACCAGUGGUUCCUGCAUCUGAAGCAAAUCCUUCUAGCAAUAACUUGUCAACCACAUCUAGCCCAACCAGUGCGUCAGCAAGAUUCAAUAUUGCUAGAGGAUCGUUGCCACCAGAGGAACAACACCGAAUCCAACAACAUAACCCGACGUCAUCCGGUAGAAACCGGCAGCAGCCUUCUUUAUCAAUUCCAGCAGCUGUCUCAGGACCUGAUCCUGGGCCUCGCCCACCUGGUGGAAAUGCUAUUAGUGUAAAUGGAACCCAGAGGAGCUCACCGCUGUCAAGGCCUGGGGUAAGCCCAUUGGCAGUGCCAAACACUGGCAGCAUGCUUUCCUCUGGGAUGGGAGGAAUUUCAAAUACUGGAAAUAUUAAAUCUGUAGGAAACUCUACGUUAAGGCCCCGUGGAGCCAUGCAGCAUAUGAUGCGGGCUGGCAAAGGGAAUGGUCUGGGGAUUCCGGCUUUGAGUUCUGGAUUUACCAAUCAAACAAUUCCCUCAGUUCAGGCCUAUCCAGGCCAUCUUUCCCAGCAGCAUCAGCUGUCGCAACAGCCGCAUGUUCUUGGCAACUCACUUAAUCAUCAUCUCCAGAGUCCUAAUCGUGCAGCUGGGACACAGCAGCAAGCGUUAGCUGCUAAUCGUCAAAGACAAAUGGCUCAGCGAUAUUUGCAGCAGCAGCAACAGUUUCCAGCAGCCGGUGCUAUGCCGCCACAUGCACUUUCAUCACGACCUCAAGUUACUCCUGUAUCUUCUCCGCAAAGCAGUCCUCAAUCGCAACCACUUGCUUCGUCUCAGCCAUUAUCGAUACCUCCGUCGUCAAAUAUGACAGCAAUUGGACAUCAGCAACCUCUAAAACCGCAGUUACCGGUUCAUGGUCUGGGUAGGAAUCCUCAGUCUGGUGCUUCAAAAGUAAACAAUCAAGCUGGAAAACAGCGGCAGCGACAACCCCAGCAGCAAACUGGAAAACAACAUCCACACCAACGGCAACCAACUCUUGGCCAGCAGCAAAAUAAACCUUUGAAAGGAGGAAACAUCAUGCAUCAGAGUAUCUCUGUUGAUCCCUCACACUUAAAUGGUUCUACUAUGUCCCCUGGUGUACUGGGUACUGAAAAAGUAGAGGCGACAGUUAAAGCUGUGCCGAGUCAGCCAUCCAACCUAGUGACUGCAGUGAACACAUAUACAGAGUCUAAACCACUGGAUCCUCCAGCAGUUGUUACACCAGCAGUUGCACAACCCAACCAUCAAAAUUUGCUGCUACACCAAAAGCAGGGCAAUCAGCCGCUACUAACAUCUCAUAGAACCGUUCAUCAAAGUCACGACUUAUCGAAGCAGCCCCCUCGCAACCCACAGUCUGUCAUCAAUACCACCCAAACAGCUAGUAUUGGUGUUACAAAGGUUGAGCCUCAGGCAAGUAUUAGUUCGAUACCCACGGUUACAGUUGGUUCUACUGCUGUCAGUUCUCCGAAAGAAUUGGACUUACCAUCGUGCGACUCCUCGGAGAAGAAAAGUGUUUCUAAACUAAGCAGUUCUAUUACAAAUUCAUCUGGGAGAGACCCAGUAACAGAUAUGGCGAAAGACUUAGGCAUUUCGGAUCAUGGCGACAAGGCUGUAACAGAAAGACAACAGGAACAGCUACGACAAUCUCCACCUUUAGUUCAAAGGACGCCACAGUUAUCAGAACAAUUGCUUGUUCAAAAUCAAAAACAUAUUCCUUCUGAACAGCAGAAGCAGCAGCCUUAUCUUAAGACGCUGGAAUUAGAAGCAAUCCAUGAAAAGUCAACUCACAGGCCUCCUGACACCAAGGUGGAAUGAGAGAUGAACCUAGAAGCUCAAGCAGUUGAGAUCCUGCGAGGGUUACGUUUGCUUAACCUACAGUGUACAGGUUCCAACUGAUCUAAUAUCUAAUGAUGCAGUUUGCUAAUUUAGAAAUGGCUCGUUUGAUGGUGUGAGAACGUUUGGAUGAUUCGUGCUCGUCUUUUGGCCUCAAUUUCAACAGUGGAGGUAUCUGAUGGGCCCAACUAUAUAUUCUUCCAAAUCCUAACCUAAUAAAAUCAUGCAUCGUUGUAGUUAAUCCUUUUCUUUUGGUUUGGAAGAGUAGAAAGAGUUUUUUCUUUUUUGGUAAAGGGUAGAAACAGUCGCUGUAGAGAGGUUAAGUUGUGUACACAAGUUUUCUCCGAACCCACUUUUUGCAUCCUCCAGUUUGUGGUGUAUAUAUAUAUUAUUAGCCUUAGGGCCCUUUUUUUUUUUGUCAUCUGUUAAAAUAUAUUUGACGUUA